CACCGUGCAGCGAAACAAAAAGUUUCUUGAUUUUUCUUCAUCAGUCUGCUUAAAAAUGGAUGUACUAACAGACGAGGAAUGGGAAGCGUAUAAGCUCGAAUUCAAAAAAUCCUAUGCCGAUGAAGCGGAGGAUGCUAUGCGUCGCGAAAUUGUGGCCAAGUACAAAGCCUUUAUUGAUGAGCACAAUAAAAGAUAUGAAGCUGGCGAGGAGUCCUUCACCUACGAACUCAACAGUUUCUCAGACAUCACUGAAGCGGAGAAACGCAUGAGAUGGGCUCGGCCCAUGGUGGAGAAGUGUAGUAGGGAUAAUGAAAAAAGUAAUUAGUUUAAGUCAAUUAAAGAUUAAGAAGUGGAAUGUGUGAUUCAAUUUAGUGCAUGCUAAUAAAUUAACGAAAAUAUAAACAAACAACAACAACAACAAUGAAACACUACCAUUACUAAUUAAGUACAGUGGGUGAAAUUUAAAAAUAGCCUAUUUCUAUAGAAUUGGACUGAAAAUGAUAAUGUAUAUGAUAAUUUUUAAUUAAUUUCCUAGUUUAUUUUAAGAUUUUUAAAUUUUGUAAUAAAUACUGAACUACUCAAAGAUAGAAA